GGCACUGGCAAGUCCACCCUGGCUCUGCAGCUAGGCCAGCGGCUCGGCGGCGAGAUCGUCAGCGCGGACUCCAUGCAGGUGAUUCACUCAAGAACAAGAGAAGAUAACAAGUUCAUUUUCUGGCAUGUCCAGUUUCUGGGGCCUGUGUGGGGUGAUGAUGGUGAUCAAUAAUGAAGGUGUGGCUACACAUGCUAAGGCAUGCAUGGAGGUGGGAAGACAGUGUGCAGGAUUCAGUUUCUCUUCCACCGUGUGGAUCCUGGGGAUGAAACUUGGCUGUCAGGCAUGGUGGCAAGAGCCUUCAGCUGCUGAGCCCUUUCACAGCCCUCAGUAGUCACUUGACAGCUUGGCGGCAUUACAUACGUUCACAUCUUCCUGUGACCACCACCACCACCACCAGAAUGUUCCUUCCAGUACAUUCCUGACUUUUCAGAACCGAAGCUCUGCCGUACGCUGAAAGAAAGCCCGUCUCCACGGCGGUGUCUGCUGCCAGGUGUCCUGUGUCUAUGAAGGGCUAGACAUCAUCACCAAUAAGGUUUCUGCCCGAGAGCAGAAGAUGUGCCAGCACCACAUGAUCAGCUUUGUGGACCCACUCGUGACCAGCUACACCGUGGUGGACUUCAGGAACAGAGCAGCUGCCCUGAUUGAAGAUAUUUUUGCUCGAGACAAAAUUCCCAUUGUUGUGGGAGGAACGAAUUAUUAUAUUGAGUCUCUGCUCUGGAAAGUUCUUGUGAAUACCAAGCCUCAGGAUGUGGGCACCGGGAAAGCGGUUAACCGGAAAGUAGAGCUUGAAAAGGAAGAUGGUCAUGAACUCCAUAGACGGCUAAGCCAGGUGGACCCAGAAAUGGCUGCCAAGCUACACCCACAUGACAAACGCAAGGUGGCCAGGAGCUUGCAAGUGUUUGAAGAAACAGGAAUCUCUCACAGUGAAUUCCUUCACCGUCAACAUGCAGAGGAAGGUGGUGGUCCACUAGGAGGACCCCUCAAGUAUCCUAACCCAUGCAUCCUCUGGCUUCAUGCUGACCAGUCAGUUCUAGAUGAACGCUUGGAUAAGAGAGUGGAUGACAUGCUUGCUGCCGGACUCUUGGAAGAGCUCCGAGAUUUUCACAGACGCUAUAAUCUGAAGAACUCUUCAGAAAAUAGCCAGGACUAUCAACAUGGUAUCUUCCAGUCAAUUGGCUUCAAGGAAUUUCACGAGUACCUGAUCACUGAGGGAAAAUGCACACCAGAGACUAGUAACCAGCUUCUAAAGAAAGGAGUUGAGGCCCUGAAACAAGUAACUAAGAGAUAUGCCCGGAAACAGAACAGAUGGGUUAGAAACCGCUUUCUGAGCCGACCUGGUCCCAGUGUCCCCCCAGUAUAUGGCUUAGAAGUGGCUGAUGUUUCCAGGUGGGAGGAGUCUGUUCUGGAACCUGCUCUCAGUAUUGUACAAAGUUUCAUCCAGGGCCACAAACCUGCAGCUACUCCAAUGACGAUGCCAUACGAUGAAACGGAGAACAAGAGAAGUUACCACAUGUGUGACCUUUGUGACCGGAUCAUCAUUGGGGACCGGGAAUGGGCAGCACAUAUAAAAUCCAAAUCUCACUUACACCAACUGAAGAAAAGAAGAAAGUUGGACUCAGAUGCUGUCAGUGCCAUAGAAAGCCAAAGCAGUUCCCCAGACUGUGACCCGGAACUUGGAGAGGGGAGUCCCCCAGGCAUCAUGAGCAAGAGCUGAAGGCCAGUAUUUGAGAGACAUGCCUAGUGGCAUUUGCAGAGAUGUGAGGAUCAAGUCCAGGAGGGGGGAGUGUUGGUCUCCCACGCCUGUGCUGAGGGACACUGGGCAGAAGGCCCCACCAUCUUUUCUUCAUUCUGUGGUGUGGUCUGCAGUGGAAACAGCAGGCCUUUCAGCCCCCUGUGUGUCUGUUGUGUCUGGUAAUGAUGUAGUUCAGGGUGGGAUAUUUUUUUUUCUUUGAACCUUAAAGGUUUUAUUUUAGAAAGAGGCACAGAUUGCACAUUUUCUACUUGAGGAUCUUUUUUAGUGGUGAAUACAAGAUUCAGUACAUCCUUUAAAAGAGAGUUCUUGUCCCUAGCACUGGCUAAAAAUAUCUCAUUUCCAGAUGCUUUUGUAGAUGACUGAAGUAUUGUAAGGCACAGUUAGGAGUUCUGGACUUGAGAACGGCAGGAAGGAGCAGCCCAGGGAGAUGAUUAAGCAAGCUGUCCCAGCUCUGUGAAGCCACAGAAGAGGGGGUCAGGCCAAGGUGGUUGUGACCUGGGUCCUGAAGACUAAAGAAAGAAUCUGAGUCUGCUGAGCUGCUCCUGUGCAUAAUGGCUGUCAUCGUCGCUGUCCUUCUGGGGUAGAAAUCUAAAUAUUCUUUUGAAAUGUAAAUAAAAAGGUUUGUAAAAAGCCCUCUAGUCUGUACACAG